UAUGCCUGUGUUAAUUUUUUGCUUUUCCUAUCUUACGUUUUUAUUUGUAUAUAUUGUUACUUUUAAGAAGUAACUGCUAAAACUAAUAGUAUGUAUGCUAAAAUCAGUGUUAUGUUCCAAAACUGUGUACUAGUUUCUGUUUUCUUCUACAUGCAGAUUGUAUAAGUUUGUGCUUCUAAUUUUUUUUAUUGUGUAUUUUUUUCACUUCUUAAAUUACCAGAUGGGGUCAGCCCGCAAUGGCAAACUCUGUUACUCCUAGAGUCAUGACUUUCACAAACAUCACUGUCUUCACUGAAUUCUACCUACUGGGAUUUACAGAAAUCCAUCCAGACUAUUAUGGAGCUGUAGGAACCCUUUUCUUGUUUGUCUACUUGACUCUGUUAGGAGGAAAUAUCUUUAUUAUCGCAUUUAUUGCUUAUGAGAAAAGUCUUCAGAAACCCACCUAUGUAAUCUUCUGUAAUCUCGCUGUGUGUGAUAUUGCUGCUGGAACUGUCGUGCUGCCUCAAGCUAUUGCAAUGUAUUUUAUUAAUAUCAACACUAUAUCAUUUAAUGGUUGCUUUGUGCAGAUGUUUUUUGUUCAUUAUUUGGGGAGUGUCAGUUCUUUAAUCAUACUAUUACUGACCAUUGAUCGAAUUGUUGCAAUACAAAACCCUUUUCGAUAUUGUGUGCUUAUUACAAACAAAACUAUUUUCAUUGCAUGUGGAGUGAUUUGGACCGCCAUAACACCUCUGAUGGCCAUUAUUGUUUAUGAAGCCUACGAUGAGCCCUACUGUGCUACAAAUGUAGUAACACAAAUAUUUUGUGAACGAAAUGUUGUAAUUAAACUUUCUUGUCGAGAUGUAAGGCAGAAGUUGCUGUUAACAUUAGCAUGGGCCCUGAUUGUUGUGCUGGGCCCUUCUUUAUUUGUUUUAUUUUCUUUUAUUGCCAUCUUUAUGUUUGUUUUCAACAUUUCAGACAAUCAGACCCGAUAUAAAACAUUAUCAACAUGCACUCCCCAAUUAUUUAUCAUUUGUCUGUAUUUUGUGCCCAAAAUUGUUCUUUAUGUGUAUGAUAUAACAGUUACAAUGUCUCCAAGCUUUCGGAUCGCUAUAACUUUGUGUUCCUGUUUGCUCCCACCUGUUGUCAAUCCGAUGAUUUACUGCUUCAAAACCAAAGAGAUUAAAGAUGCAAUAAGGAUGAAAAUGAGACACAAGAUAGUCAGCAUGCCAGUAAAAUGAUUUAAUGUUCAGUACAGCAUCAUGUAUUCAUUUUAUGUGCUUCUUUAUAUGCUUUUCUUUCAAAAAAGCGUUAACUUUUCUAUUCUAUAGAAAAUUAUUUAAAAAUAAGUCAAUAAAAGUCUGCACAUUUUAAUAGUGAAAAAA